AUGUACGAGAACACAAGAAUCCACACCGCCUACAUAGUGAAUAUCGAUAUUAGAUUUGGCCAGCAUCUCCGCCGAGAGAUGAAUGUCUUGCUCGAUAUAAAAAAAGACCGUGAGAGCUUACCGAAUACCUUCGAUGUUCAAAAAGGAUUGUCAACUCGCCAACUUGAAGAUGCCUUCACCGAGGAGGAACACAGAAAUACUUUCAUGGCAAUCUCUCCCAUCUUUGUCGUCUAUCCGGAAAUAUAUGGGUUCCAAAAGAACUAUAUCUAUUAUGACUCAAACGAAUCUCCGCACAGGCACUUCCUCACCUUUUCCCAUAUCGAUCCUGUCUCAGAAAAUUUUGAGAAGAGCUUAGAGACUAUCACUCAACAAACUAGAGCUGUGAGGAAGAGUGGUGGACUUGGACAAGAAGGCUUUCCAUGGCUAACAAAACGGCGUGAUGAAGUUCAGAGGAACAAUCGAGACCGAUGCAGACCCAAGACACCGCCCAAGGACCAAAUCCCAGAAGGGCUUCCACAAUUGACACUGAAAGCAUUCCCUACAUCCAUAACUUGCCUUCAAAACAACGUAAAAGAAUCUGUGGACGUUGCGUCCUUAUUGAUCUCAGAAGAAUAG